CGAGCUGUUGUGUACUUAUAUUUCAUUUUUAUCUCAAGGGCGUUUGAUAAGGGUAGAGGAGAUGCAGCCUGUUUAUCAAGCGACUCCCCGAGCGUCGCUCUCAGUAGCUUUCCUCUUGCUGUUGCCCUUUACCCCUCCUGCGUCGCCUCGUCAUCUUCUCAAUCCUCAUUGAAUCACUUGACUGCCCGACAUGUUGUGCAGCUGGUUCCCGCAGUUGGCUCUUCUAACUGUGGCAAUCCUACCUAGGCUUGUUGCCACUGGUUCUGAUCCGGCUGCUGCUUAUGGCACUGUUAUUCCACCGUCACUAGACCUACCGGACGCGGUUUCAAAUGCUAGCUCGACAAUCGAGAGCGAGGCUCUUCUCGAAGAGUGUGACCCAACAAUUACGGUCUGUGGAACAACAGCAAAUGUCAAGGUUGUCCGCACACACAAUGUCACAAGCUACGUCACAAACUAUCAUGUGCAUGAAGUAAUAACGGAGCUGCCUACGUCUACCCGUACUGUCUUCUCGGUCAUUGUCUCAACGAAUACGACAAAUGUUGAAGGUCAAUGCCGUGACACGACCGUCUACAUCGAGCCAACACCGCUCAUCGUAACCGUUGAUGUCAACACCACUACUACUCGAGAAGUCGUUCCCAUCACCAAUACCACAUCUGUUACUACGUCAUGGGUUGAGCACAAGAAGAUUUCUCAGUGUAUCAUCAAGAGGACAAGCACUGGCCUGGCUCCUGGACCCGGUUCCGGCCCUGCUUCGCCUCCUCCUAGCGCGCCAUCUCAACAGCCUCUGCCAGCUACUGGCUCGGCAGGUAACCAAAAUUCUGGCCAGCCUGCUCCAAGUAUUCCUGCUGUCGGAGGAGCUUCAGGUCAAGGUAGUGGAAUCCAAAGUUCCGCACCCUCUUCCUCCUCUGAGCAGUCGUCCUCCACCAUAUCUGAAAGCUUGUCCGGGAGCACAUAUGGAAGUGCAUCUGGAAGCUUUUCUCGCUCUUCAGGAGCUUCAGCUAGCUCAAGUGUCUCGGGGGCUUCACGUGCCUCGGAUGUCUCUGAUGCGUCGGGUUCUUCCGCGUCCACUUCGUCUUCGACCUCGCGAAGCACUCGGUGAUUUUAGAUUAGUGAUCAAGCUUCAUGCUGAUGGACACAGUCUUGUGGACACCUGGAAGUACUAGCAGUAGCUUAGGUUGGAUAUUGUGAAGCAUGAGACGGAGCAGUGGAUAUUCUCACGUGCUGUACCAUUAUUUGUAAUUAAGAAGUGUCAUUUAAUCUUGGCCUUAUGUAUUCCUGUUCAGAUAUGGGUCAUCUUUAGUAUUGUAACAGUUCUAUGCACAAAUAUUGUUGUCUUGCCUCCCGA